AUGGAAGAGGAUCCGGCACGCGAGGGCGAGGUGUUUGUCAGCCCAAGCCGGAAGGAGGCGGUGUUAGCGUGGAGGGUGGCUCCUGAGAGUUUGGAAAGGAAGGAGGGAAUUCUGGCAGCCUCGUCGACCGUGGGCGCCCUGCUGGCAUCUGAGCUGGGGUGGAAAUUCUAUGAUGCCGAUGACUAUCACCCAGAAGAAAAUCGAGCAAAGAUGGGACGCGGGAUACCACUGAAUGACCAGGACAGGAUUCCAUGGCUCUGCAACUUGCAUGACAUUUUGCUAAGACAUGUAGCCUCAGGACAGCGUGUGGUUCUAGCUUGUUCAGCCCUGAAGAAAAUGUACAGAGACAUCUUACUGCGAGGAAAAGAGGGUACAGCUCUGAAAAGUGAGGAGUUGGCAAAGGAGGAGCUGGCAGGGAUAAGGCUCCUGGUGGUCCAUCUGAGUGGCUCGUUUGAGGUCAUCUCUGGACGCUUACUCAAACGAAAAGGACAUUUUAUGCCCCCUGAGUUACUGCAGUCCCAGUUUGAGACUCUGGAGCCCCCAGCAGCUCCAGAAAACUUUAUCCAAAUAAGUGUGGACAAAGAUCUUUCAGAGAUCAUUGCUACCAUCAUGGAAGCGCUAAAAAGGAAAUAAGAAUUAUUCUGGAUCAGUGGUCCAGGCAGAAUGUGGUGUAAAUCUCGAUUCCAUCCCAAAGCCAAAUUUUAAAUUUAAUAUUUAAUGGGUACAAUUUUAUUAAGGUAAACAAACCACAAUGUGUCGAGAUAAACAUGUGGGUAUAUUUUUAGGAAUCGUGCUGGUUCAUCGGGAGGAGAACAGAGAAGGAAUUUUAAAAGUCAAGCUUGAAGUGUAAAUUCAUCUGCCCAAUGAGAUGAUCAGAGGAAAUUCUGUGAUUGAUGCUGGAAAUCAUUACCCCGUUUAGAACAUUCUUGCGCCUAUGUUUGUACUAAUAAAUGUAACCUGGCUAUCCGUGACA